AUUUUCAUCACACCUUCAAAAUCUUUGUCUUCUCUGACAGAUCGUCUCACGAUGAGUUGCCAACUCCAAGUCGACGUAUACACUGCUCCGCCCAUUCUGAUAGAGAAUGGGCAUUCUGAUCCUGACAAGCGAUGGUUUUCACCGAUCUGCAGUACCCUCGUUCAAGGUCCAAGGUCUGCAAUCCUCAUUGACACGCCUAUCUCUGUCAAGCUCUCUGAGGACUUGGUCAAAUGGAUCCAAGCCACUGCCCCGGGAAAAGAACUCCGCUAUAUCUACACGACCCAUGCCCAUGCAGACCAUUUUCUAGGCAACCCCGUUGUUUUGCGCUCUUUUCCAGAAGCGAAAUGUGUCGCCACUUCCACUGUGUCAAAUGCCAUUAAGAAAGACUGGCCCGAAAGCCUUGGAAUGUGGGAAAAGAUGUUUCCUGGUGGUCAGAUUGCGGGCAAUCAAUCGGUGCCGGAGCCUCUAUCUAGCAGCGGGGAAUUUACUGUUGAUGGACACAAGUGCUAUGGGAUUGACGUGCCACACUCCGAUACGGAGGCUUCCUCAUUUCUCCAUGUCCCAGAUCUUCGACUUGUCGUCUGUGGGGACAUUGUUUACGGCGAUUGCUAUCAAUUUUUUGGUGAAGCCAAAACGAAGCAACAGCGUGCACAGUGGCUGAAAGCACUGGAGCAGAUUGAUACCCUCGGCCCUCAUAUUGUGGUUCCAGGUCACAAGAGAGCUACGCAGGCCAAUGGACCUUACUUAAUCUCAGCCACAAGAGAUUAUAUUUUGGCAUUUGAGGAGGAGCUGGCAAAAAGCAGCAACAGUGACCAACUUGAGCAAGCGAUGAUUUCGCGCUUCCCACAGCGUUGGAAUAGAUUUCUGCUAGAAUGGAGCUGUCAAAGCUCGAUCGAAGAAAAAGGCAAAAAUUAACUUUUAACCCUCGCCAAAUCAACUUGAUUAGCCGAGGUGAGGAAUUCUGCUACUAUGAAAUCUCACGCAAGGAGUUGAUCUGCAAACGCAAAUUGGCCACAAAAUUAUGAGAAAACCCGUCUUCGUUUGCGAGUAGAAAAAUCGUUCAAAGCGAGACCAAUAGAGAAAGGUGGUCGAGAAUGGAAAUCCCUAAACACAACAUCGUAACUCAUAGAAAUGGAAGGUAGAGUUACGGCGGACGAUUGCGGCCAUCGGGCAAAUACCCCUUUUUUAACGAUUUUCACAGCUGAGUCCAUUCACCGC